AUGGUCGCUGGCAUGCCCGUGCUUCUCCUCUGCCUGCGCGGUCCCAUUCUCCACCUUCCGCGGACCGUUCACCCUCCGCGAUUCACAGCACAGUUUGGAAUAUGUCCGUCUACGACGCGGCGCACACAGAUACGAUGCUAUGCCCAGCAACCUCAAAACCCACGCCUCGGCACCACGACCCCUGUCCCCGAUGACGUGCCCCCGCCUACACCAAAGUCGCCCUUCUACUUCGAAGCCGGGUAUGCACUAUAUGCAAAGAGACCUAGUCGGCCAUUCCCCCCGCCAUUCCUUUCGCUACCUUCUACGAGCUUCUCAGAGCCGUUGAGCACGCACCACAAGAGCCGAGACCGGCGUCCAACCGUGAAUGGGGAAAUGAUACGAGGCGUCACGAACGGCGACGACGCAGUGCUCGUCAGCGAUUACUUCAUCGGCGCAAACGACGGUGUUGGAGCGUGGGCUACAAGAGAGAGGGGACAUGCUGCGCUAUGGUCCAGGCUGAUCCUACACUUCUGGUCUCUGGAAGUCGAAUCCGCGCCCUUCUCCCCCACCUCUCCCCCACAACCCAUCUCGUACCUGCAAACUGCUUUCGAAAAGACCAAGAAGGCAACCUCGGAACCCAACGAAUGGCACGGCACAACGACGGCCUGCGGCGCCCUCCUCAGCGCAAACGAAAAUAACGCGCCGCUUCUCUACGUGACGCAGAUUGGCGACGGUCAGAUACUUGUCAUACGGCCGAGCAGCAAAGAAGUCAUCUUCCGCACGGAAGAGCAAUGGCACUGGUUCGACUGUCCGCGCCAACUGGGCACAAACUCCCCGGACACGCCCAACGACAACGCGAUCCUCGACACGAUUGAAAUCCUCGAAGACGACGUCAUAAUCGCCAUGACGGAUGGUGUGGUAGACAAUCUGUGGGAGCACGAGGUAGUCACAAACGUAUGCGAGAGCAUGGAGAAGUGGAAGGACGAGUCGCAGAGCGUAGAGAAGGAGCAGGGGAAAGAUGAUCAAGAGCAGAGUUACGCGGACGGAAUGCGCUAUGUUGCGCAGAGGCUGGUCAAUGCAGCGAGGGUUAUUGCCGAAGAUCCAUUCGCUGAAAGUCCGUAUAUGGAGAAGGCUAUCGACGAAGGAUUGAGUAUCGAAGGAGGCAAGCUCGACGAUAUCAGCGUGGUUGCUGCUCAGUGCAAGAGGCGCAAGGGUUGA